AUGACGCCCGACACCAACGGAGACGGAAAAUCCCAGCCAUGGUUUGCAACAAAAAUACAUCCCUUCAGCACACAAAAAUCCAGCAAGGAAAAUGCCCAACCGUGGCUAAUGAAAGAAAUCAAAGAUUGCAUUAGAUCAAAGGAAAAGGCGUUUAAAUUUACCAAAAAACGGGUCUAUGCAGAAAGGAUGUUUCCCUUGGCUGAACGGCCUAGAGCCAGGGGAUACGGGGCAGAAUUUUCCGUGCCCUCCGGCGUCGGAUGUGACCGGUGGCAAGAGCGGACAAUAUGGCACGAUCAGUUUUACGAUGGCGAGAAGCCAGUUCGCAAUGGCGAACCUGAGUGCCAAAGCAGCGCAAGGACAAUACGGCCAGUGACUGUGGCUGUGAAUUUCUUCACAUUGGGAGCAUUCCAAGUUAGAGCACGUGACAUCUCUAAUGUCUCUCCACUCACCAUCAACUGCUGUACAAGAGCCCUGCCACUGACCAUGGCCCCUCCAGUAAAGGCCAGUACCUUCUCCUCCAUGGAGUUAGAAAAGGCUUGGCGGCCGGCGAUGGCCCUGUAUUACGAUGAAGACGAUGAGAGGGAGUACUACGAAUUUGAACCGCUUCCUACGCUUUCAGAAGACGAGGAAAAUGUGUCCCUUGCUGACAUCCUGUCUUUACGAGAUAGCUGCCUCAGUGAACAGGAUAUCUGGGCAGCCUGCCUAGAAUGUUGCCUUUCAAUGAAGAGCAUCUCCCACACUCCACUCUUUCAUACUCUCUGUAUCACCCCAGAUACAUUGGCUUUCAAUGCUAAUGGCAAUGUUUGCUUCAUGGAGCAGCUGAGUGAUGAUCCAGAAGGUGCCUUUGUACCCCCAGAAUUUGAUAUUACUGGCAAUACCUUUGAGGCUCAUAUCUAUUCUUUGGGGGCUACACUAGCUGCUGCAGCUGAAUAUGUGAUAGAGCCAGAGUUAGAACCAAACCUCAGCCAAGAAUUAAGAAGCCUUCUCGAUCAAAUGCAGCAGGAGAAACCUGAAGACAGGCCAGAUAUUGAGGGUAUCCUCAACACAUGUGAAGAAAAGCUAAAAUGUUUAUCCUCAGACAUUAUUUGCCGAAAUCUCUCUGCCGUAGGCCGAAGGGUACUUUCAAUUGAAUCUGUUGGUGCUUUCCAAGAUGGAUGUGAAGAGACCUGUAAAGAAAGGAAGCGUCAGGAAGGUGUAGGUCAUGAACUGCAAACAAGUGAACGAAAUCCAGCAGAUGGUUCAUCAAGCACUGAAGACCUGCCAUAUGACUUAAACAUGCUAAACAAUGGAACAAAUAGGGUUAUUUGCAAGGCUGAGAAGUGUGCACAUAACGUAGGUCCAGAUUCAUCUGUUGAAGUUGAUAAGAUUUUCCAGCAAGGUUUAGAACACAUGAGUUCAGUAGAAAUGUGUGAGCGAAGUGAGCCAGUGCUAGCCAUAGAUCCUGCCGAGUCAACUGCUGAUAUGAAAACCAAAGGACGUGAGGCUGACAGGAUUUCACCUUUUUCUCAGAAACGCUCGACAGCUAGGAAGAGAAUGUUGCCAAAACUACCGACAGAAAUGUUGGGCAACGCCCAGCAUCUUCAUCGUUCUAAAAUUGAGCUCGGCAGAUCUGUCACAGCUAAUCUGUCACCUGUUGCAUUUUCUGACAUUGCUGCUGGUUCUUUGUCUUCACUGGACUCUGUCAACAUAUUGAGUAUUGCAGACUGUCCUCAGAAGGUACAGUUAAGAACUAAGAAUAAUGACUUUAUUUUCAUUCCGAAGUAUAGUCUUCCUUCAGAAAAAUUAAAUGUGAACAAUUCAAGUGACUGGGCUGAGAAGGUCUCCAGUAUAGAAGUGGUAAAUAGGAACUUGCCCAACAGUCAUAACUUCAUUUCUGAUGAGAGCAAAGAACGAUCACUGAAAUCCCCCUUCACAUUAGGGAAAAUGUCUUCCACUAAAAGCCUCAAAGCUAAAAUCUCAGCAGCAUCAUUUACUUCAGCAGGCAUGCAUAGCCAAAUGGAUUCUGUUUCUUCCAGUGGAAUAUUAUUAGAAACAAGGGCUGCAGUUGGAGACUGCAGUAACAAUGUUCUAGGAGCAGAAGGAAAUGAUUUGCCUUGCAUGGAUGGUAACCUUUCAGAUGUAGAAAGAACUGUUGGUAGUAAUCAGAGAAAUUAUUUCAAACAAAGCCGUUCCCAAAGUGUAAAUGACUUAUCAUCAAGUAAUGCCCUGCUGUUUAGAAAUGUCACGCAACUCUGUCAAGAUGAUAAUUAUGAGCAAAUGCGACCCAUCAGAGCUACUGAAAAUAACCCUGCAGAAUUUAUUUUUGAUAGACAGUACAUUUCCCUAGAGGAGCUACUCUCCGAGGAUGAUAGGCCCUUGAAUGAUCAUGAAUUGUGGGCUCUGUGUCAUGAGUGUUUGAUCAGUCUGCAAGUCUGCAAAGAUUAUCCAGAAUACUUAUGUCUAGAGUCUGCAUACAUUGACACUAGUGGAGAAGUCUUGUUUGUAUCGCCACUGAGCAAUGGAAAUCUGGAUUCAUUCUAUUUGGCACCUGAAUUUGAAAAACAAGGAGUGGUUACAGAAAAGGUUUGCGUUUAUGGUGUUGCUGCUAUUUUGUGGGCAGCAGCUAAGUUCAAUGCUCCAGUGAAUCAAAAGUUGCCAUUGUCCAGAAAUCUCAAGAAUUUGCUGUUGGAUAUGGCGAAGAGGAACUCCAUAGAAAGACCUUCAAUUACAGAUGCUCUGGAGGUUUGUAACGAUUACCUCAUUAAGCGAGGAAUUGACAGCAGAGAGAUUUUGAUUUUGCUGAGGAAUUCCAUUAUACAGAACCACCACAAAAAAGGAAUGGAUGUCAUUGGAUUGAAUUGCAAAACAGAGGAACUAGAAUUUUCACAAUCUCCAAUGGGAAAUACAGAUUUUGCCCAAGAAUCAUCUAGACUAGGAUUUGUACCUCUUGCUAGUGACAGUAAACUGACAGCUGUAAAGGGCCCAAUUCCUUGUCAGCAUUCUGUAAACAGCAAUCCCCCUUCCAAACUUCCAGAGGCCUUCACUUCCCCAGCCACCCAUUUCAAACCUAUAAUACUCACACAGCACAAAGAGAAAACAAGCAGUUCCAAAGUGUCAAGUAAAAACCCAACAGCCGAACAGCUUGUUAAAGCUAUGAGACAGAAGAAUCAGGGAGUAGUACCCAUCGAAGAUAUUAAAAAUGAUGUCAUUGUCAAAGCAUCUGCUGUGAACUUCGAGAGUUUUGAGAGCAACACUCACACAUCAGCAUCUUUGGUAUCUUCACCAGUCCAGACUAAAAGCAGUUCGGUUUCAUCUGUGCUCCAUUCUACCACACUAGAAAGCAAAACAAAUCUAUCACAAACAAUUUCUUUGCAGCAUCAGAAAGUAAAUAGCAAUUCUGGUUCUUCAGCUAUUUCCACUUUUCCAACGAACAAUGGUCAUCUUCAUCAGAACUCCGAAACAGGGAUACUAACUUCAUCACCUGCUCAGUUGACUGUGCCAGAACAAGUAUCAGUUCUGCCAAGCACUCCUGGAUAUGAGCUGAAUAUAAGCUUCUCAGAACCUAUGGUACUUUCAGACAUGGACUGUGGCAAAAGCAGUGAGAACUCUUUAAAUCAUAUCACAUCACAGUUGGAGGACACUUCCAACCCUACACUUGAUGGCUAUAAGGAUCAAAAACCUAAGAUGAAAACAUACACUCUAUCAGAGUCUUCUAAUAACAGUUUUAAUGAAUUUGUAGAUUUUGACAGUGUUGCCUCAGAGAUACCAUUGUCUGAGAGAUGUUUUUUUGUCCAGGAGUCAUUGGAUACUGGAAAUGAAAUAAAACCAUUCCCCGCUGUUGCAAACAUUCCUGCGAAAAUUUCAGAAAAUGUCCACUUACCUUCUGCAUGCAUUUCAUCAUGUUGUCAUGACAAUCUAAUGGCAAUAACUUCAUCAAGCCCAGCAUCAAUCAGUCUUUUGCAGAAAGCAGUUCAUCUCAUAAAAGAAGAAUUUGCAUUUGAUGGUUACUUAGAGAAUGGUGAAGAAGCCCAUGCCAUGGGUGAGUACAUCUUAUCCUUGAAAAGUCUUAAAUUCAGUACAUUCAGUAAUGCUAUAUCGGAGAAGUUUUAUGACCUCUACUGGGAUGACAAACUACUGGAACAGCUUUAUGAGGUAGUUAAUGGGAAUCCUCCUCAUCCUGCACCAUUAUCAAAGGCCGCUUCAAGGCCAAACCCAGAGUAUUUCAACACCACACUACAAAACACCGUGAAGAUAAAGAAAACACUUCCUGUGCAUGGGAAGCAAAGAAGUAGUGAAGAUAAUUGGGAGAAAGCAGUUAAUCUAGAAACCAGAGAGAUGUGCAGAAAAGCUCAGUUAUCAUCAACAGCAUCACCAGAAUGCAUUGUUUUUAAAGCGAACUAUCUUUCUGACAAUCUGUAUUCAGCUAAAUGUAAGGGAGACCAGCUACACAGCAAUGUUGAAGUGACCCUUGGGCAAGAUAUCAGCAACAUGGUACCUGAAGAAAUUGACUUUAAGAAACCUAAAUCAGGUAGUUGUGAGGAAGAGGAAAAUGAGGCAAAAUAUUUCCAUCAGAUGGAAAAUAACUGUAAUUUUGCUGGUGAAAGUUGUAAUCCAUAUCAAGAUUUAAAGCUUAGCCACAGCAAUGAAGAGAGGAAAGAAAGCACUGGUCAUACAACAAAAGUGUCUGAAUCCCGAGUUUCUGAGCUUUUGUGGCACAUGAAGUCAAACAGACGGAAAAAGAGAUGCAAUCCCGGAUGGAGUACUGCAUUUUUUGGGAUUGAGUAUUUUAACCAGCAAGUGAAGACCUGUGUAAAGCAAUUGGGGCAAUAUAACUUCAAUGAAGAAGAGAAGAUAGAAACCAAAUUGUUGGAGCUUGAGCAACAACUGAUGAUGGAGACCAAGAAUUUUAGAAAAACUAAAGUAUUCUACCAGAAACUCCAACUUCAGGAAAAAAGAAACAAAGGAAUUGAUGCGAAGGUGGUGCUGCCCAAACUGAAGCAACAGCUUGAAGAAAUGAAGCUGAAGGUGGAGUUUCUUCAGCUGGCAAAGAAGUAUCUUGAGAUUUUGCAAAUGGAGCAAUGGGGUCUGCACUCUACUGUGCUUCUUUCACUGGUCAGCUUUUCAUUCCAGUCAGAGACAUUAGAGCUCACACCUACCGAUAGCAAUUCUCUCCUCACCUUCCACUCUUCAAAAGGUGAUCAGAGCCAAAGCAAGAACAGAACACAAGUACUUCAAGCUGGAACAGCAGUGGGUUUGAUGGCUUACCUCUACAGCAGUAAUGCAGUAAUAGAAGGCUAUGUUCAGCAGUUUUUUUAUACAUUUCGUUAUUUCACACCACCCUGUGAAUUUCUACAGUUUCUGGAAGACAGAUUCAAUAGCGUCAUUGAUAUCAGAGCGAACCAAAAAUGUUCAGCUGACUGCAUCAAGGUGCACAACCGAAGUUUAGAUCUACUGCAGGCCUGGAUUGAAGAGUGCUACAAUGUAGAUAUUGCACAGAAUACUGAGGUUUUACAGAAGCUAGAAACUUUUAUUUCCUCAAAGGUUAUUCAACAUGACAGCCGGGGUCAAUGUUUAAUAAGCUUGCUUCAAAACUUCUCCGAGGAGAAAAAAGCCCGGAAACUGCCUUAUUUCAGCUUCAGUCUCGAGGACGUGACGAAUGAAGAGGACAACCAGUCAGUUCACUCAAUGUCCAAAAAGGUUUUGAAUGAAGAUAUUUCUAGAAAGAGUUUUAAAUGGAAGAUUAGUAAACGUACUGAGCCCUCAAGCCCUCAUCAGAAGGAAAAGUAUCACAAUAUCGCAACGGCACUACCAAAGCCCUGCUAUAAUAGUCUUGCAACCGAACCGUCAGGGGCCUACCAGAAAGUUGAUGAGAAAGGACUUUUCAUGUUGGCUGACUACAGCCCACAGCAUAUAGCCCAGCAACUAACCUUGCUACAACAGGAACUGUUUCAAGAUUGCCACCCAGUCCAUUUUCUGAACUCAAGAGCAUUUGGUGUUAAGGACAAACCCACCACAGUCCUAAAAGCAGUUUCUUCAGAAUCAGCAUUCGCAGAGGGCAGCAGUUUAUUUGUGCCAGAAUACAAACAACACCAGUACCUUCUAGACCUGAUCAGAUAUGCAGACAACGUUAGCCACUGGGUUUCUGCUGAAAUUGUCAUAUGUGACACACCGAAGGCACAAAAUGCACUACUAUCAAAAGUUCUAUCAAUUGCUAAGAUUUGUUAUGAAUUGAGAAAUUUUGCUACCGCCAUGCAGAUUCUCAGUAGCCUGGAAAGCCUGAUAGUGCGUCAAUUACCUUCGUGGAAAAGCUUGUCCUCAAAGGCAUUGGAAAUCACGGAGGAACUGACUGCUGUGCAGGUUUUCCUGAAGAGUGACAGCCUUUGUCUGAUGGAGGGAGAUAGUUUCAGGAAGCAACCAACAAUACCUUGUGCACGUAUUUUGGCAAUGCAUGUCCAACAACUAGAAAUUGGUGCUUUUACCAUGGCUAAUGGCACUUACAAAUGGCCAAAACUAAGGAAAAUAGCUAAGGUGAUUAGUCAGAUUCGUGCAUUCCAAGAAAAUCCCUACAUGUUCACCCCUGACCUGGAGCUUCAGGCUCAUCUAAGGCAACAAAUAGCUCAUUUUAGCGAAGUGGAUAUCCAUGUUCUUGCCGCGGAAAAUAAGACUAAUUUUUACCAGUCGUCAACCGAAUGGCACUCGCGCAAGAUUCAAGAUACACUUCGCAAGGUGAAAGCAACAUUCCAGUAACACUUAAAACCUACACGCCUGUUCUUCAAAAUGAACUUCUAUUUCUUUUGGUUUGGGACUCUACCCAGUAAUGUCUCCCUGAAUGUUACAGCAACCUGUAUAAUUAGCAGAAAGAUUAAUUUAUUCUAUUAUAAACCAAAUGCUCCUUUUGCAGAUUUCUUUUGUGUUUCAUAAUAAUGAAUGAUUUGUAUGAGUAAAAUAUAUUGCACUUUUUAAUGGUACAGUAAAAUGAUAUCUAACUACAAUCAUCAGUACCUUAGAAACUAAAUCAGUCUUUACAUUUAAUGGGGAACAGCAGGCUCCAAACAAAAUUUAGUACACAAAUACUUCCCUGAUAUCAGUCUAGGAGAGGUCAUUUUGUAAUUUAAUCCAUUCAGGAAACACAUCCUAAAUACCUUCAUCAGUGUAGGCACUGAUCUUGUUCUGUGAAGCUCUAGUGGAGCACUAACGUUGGCAUGGAUUGGUGGGCAGAGUAGCCUAUUUCUGAGCUAUAUAUUCUAUGUAAAGUUCCCCCAUGUACUCGCUUUAAAGUUUUCUUUACAUUUCUUUAGUUGAUCUUUUCUCUACUUUCAGUGCAAAAGUAGCAAUGUGACUUUGUUUGGGUGGUGUAUAUGGUGAAGUUGUUGAAUCAUAACUGGAAACCCAUAUUUUUGUGAUUCAUUUAAGGGUGCUGUUUGGCAAACAAAUUUUAAUUUGUUUGCCAAACACAUAUUGUUGGGAAUUAGAUAAUGAAGGGAAGCUUUGUGUUUUAAGUGUGUUAUUUGGAGCCUGCAGUUUCUUUUCACAUAUCAGCUUAUUAACUUAUCUACUACAUAAUGAGAGAAACUGUUAUGUUGAACAUAUUUUCUUUGAUAAUGUACAAAUGCUUGUUAAAACAAUUAACAAUCAUGUUUUGUAUUGUCUUUGCAACAUGAUAAACUAUCUCACAG